AAGAAUCCGAUCAAUCCGGAAGUGAGCAAGGGCAGCUGAGUGAGUGAGCGUCGCGCUGUGAAGCGUCCGCCGCGUCUCCUUGUGCUGCUUUUUUAAGUGUCCGUUUCCGCAUUUAAAAUACAUUUACUCGUCACGAUGUCUACUUUGUGCUACAACAAGGGCUGCGGCCAGCGGUUCGACCCGGACAACAACCCAGACGGCGGCUGCACAUACCACCCCGGCGUCCCAGUGUUCCAUGACGCACUGAAGGGAUGGUCCUGCUGCAAGAGACGGACCGUCGACUUCUCCGACUUUCUCAGCAUCGCGGGCUGCACGAAAGGCCCCCAUAACAAAGAGAAACCCCCCGAGCCGGUGAAGCCUGACGUGACCUCGUCGAAAGAGAAGAAAGACAGAGACGAGCAGAAGCCCAAAUUUAGCGAGUACAUCAUCUCCGCGCCAAAGCCUCAGGAGGCCAUUUGCAGACCCAGUGCCGACGAGCCCAUGGUGAGGUUGCAGCACAAAGUGUCUUCUUCCCUCAAGCAAGCUCUGGAGAAGCUCAAGCUGACUGACAACUCGCACGCACUGAAACAAGAGGACGACAGCAACGAGGUCAAGAUUGGUACAUCCUGCAAAAACGGAGGAUGUACUAAAAGCUACGACGGCCCGGCCAGUGACUCUGACACGUGCUUCUUUCACUCUGGAUUUCCAAUCUUUCACGAAGGGAUGAAGUACUGGAGCUGCUGCAAGAAGAAAACCUCCGACUUCAACUCCUUCCUCUCCCAGGUGGGCUGCACUGAGGGCCAACACCUGUGGAGGAAAAAGGAAGAGGGCAAGAAGGUGGUGCCAUGUCGAUUCGACUGGCACCAGACUGGCUCGCAGGUCAUCAUCUCCAUCUACGCCAAGAACGGCGUGCCCGAGCUGAGCUACGUGGACGCCAAUAGCACCACGUUGCACAUUCGCGUGGUCUUUGAGGGCGAGAAGGAGUUUGAGCAGAAGAUUAGCCUGUGGGGGGUGAUAAACGUGAGCCAGAGCGCAGUCAACAUGAUGGCGGCUAAGAUCGAGGUGGCCAUGAGGAAGUCGGAGGCCAUGUCGUGGGCUCGCCUGGAUCUGCCGCCGCCCGUAGCGCCACCCACGCAGGACCACGAGAAAAAAGGCGACGGUGACAGUGAUAGCAACGAUGAGGAGAAUGAAUGAUAGGACGCGAAAACUUUGGAACUUUUGCAGUCAUAUUCCAUUAUUCCUGAACUUGAAUAGGCACAGAAUGCCAGGUGAUGUCAUCAUGCUGGACGACCACAUUUCUGCUUGACUUUUAGCCCACUUUUUUUUUCAUUCCAGUCAAAAUUUCAGUGCUGAAAGACGAUGGUCAAUCAUGUUUAAAACCCAAUAAAAUGUUAAAAGAACUGAAAUGUAUUUUCUACACCUGAAGGAGAACGAUGGAUUUAAUGUGAUUUUGUCAAGUAAUUUUGUCCUUGAAAUGCAAUAAUGUGAGAAUGUUCAAGAAAAACAAGUUGGUAAAUUGACAACAAACUUCCCUCAAGAAAUGUAACUGGGGAAUUGAGGAUAAUUUUAUUGUAAAGUAUCACCACUCCAUUCACAGCAGGAAUGUUCUAUUAUUUUUGAAUGCAAGUCACGAAAUAGCAGGCUUGCUGCCAUCCAUAAUGCUGAUUACCACCACAUUUCCGCUCCCUUGACUUGAAUGUUUUACCUCAUCAGCACUGAUGUAACAACUUUAUAACCUACAGAAAGAGUUAAAGGAGCUGAAGUUAUUUUCUGCACCUGGAAGCAAAGAAUGGAUUCCACAUGAUGGCUUUUACUCAUGCAAUUGUCUUUCUGUCCUUACGGUGGUGGUUCAGACCAAAAAAAAACAAAAAAAAAACGUUUUUAACAAUGAAAGUACUGUAAUACUCA